ACUAAAUGGUCAUCUGAAGCAAGCGAAAAUGAGGCUGCAAAACUUUUUAUUCACUUUGCUACUUCAAGUCUGUUUCCUGAAGGGAGGCUUGUGGGCUCAGCGCACGGAAAUCGACAGUCGAGUCGCAAAUGCUCAAGACUGCCCCGUGGACCUGUUUUUUGUGCUGGAUACCUCGGAAAGCGUCGCCUUAAGGGUGAAGCCCUUUGGGGACCUGGUCACACAAGUGAAAGACUUCACCAACCGGUUCAUUGAUAAGUUGACAGACAGGUACUACCGUUGUGACCGAAACUUGGUGUGGAACGCAGGGGCGCUGCAUUACAGUGACGAGGUUGUGCUCAUUAAGAGCCUCACCUCGAUGCCCAGCGGCAGGAACGAGCUGAAGAACCGAGUGUCAGCCGUGAACUACAUUGGGAAGGGCACAUACACGGACUGUGCCAUCAAGCGAGGCAUUGAGGAACUGCUCAUUGGCGGCUCCCAUCACAAGGAGAAUAAAUACCUGAUCGUGGUAACUGAUGGACACCCCUUGGAAGGGUACAAGGAGCCUUGUGGGGGCCUGGAUGAUGCUGCCAAUGAAGCCAAACAUCUAGGAAUCAAAGUCUUCUCUGUUGCCAUUUCUCCCAACCAUCUGGAUCAGCGGCUCAACAUCAUUGCCACAGAUCAUACCUACCGUCGCAACUUCACUGCCACCAGCCUGAAGCCAACCCGGGAGCUUGAUGUGGAGGAAACCAUAAACACCAUCAUCAACAUGAUUAAAGAUAAUGUGGAGCAAGUGUGCUGCUCCUUUGAGUGCCAGCCUCCCAGAGGACCCCCUGGACCUCCUGGUGACCCAGGCAAUGAGGGAGAAAGAGGCAAGCCGGGUCUUCCUGGCCAAAAAGGAGAUGCUGGAGAUCCAGGCAGGCCAGGUGACAUGGGUCCUGUUGGCUACCAAGGAAUGAAGGGUGACAAAGGAACUCGAGGAGAAAAGGGCUCAAGAGGAGCCAAGGGAGCCAAGGGUGAGAAGGGCAGGCGUGGAAUCGAUGGCAUCGAUGGCAUGAAGGGUGAAGCUGGAUAUCCUGGUUUACCUGGCUGCAAAGGCUCACCAGGAUUUGAUGGAGUUCAAGGUCCACCUGGACCCAAGGGAGAUCCUGGUGCCUAUGGACCAAAGGGACAAAAGGGGGAACCUGGAGAAGAUGGAAAACCUGGCCGACAGGGGAUCCCUGGAAGUCCUGGGGAGAAGGGUGCACCUGGCAACAUUGGUGAACCUGGACCGACAGGAGAAACAGGAGAUGAGGGCUCUCCAGGUGCAGAUGGUCCAACUGGAGAACGGGGAGGCAACGGAGAAAGAGGCGCCCCAGGAUCUCCUGGUGACCGUGGGCCCAGAGGAGAGCCGGGAGAACCUGGACCACCGGGAGACCAGGGGCGGGAAGGACCCCUCGGGCCACCUGGAGAGUCGGGUGAGGCUGGACCUCCGGGACCCAAGGGGUACAGGGGAGAUGACGGCCCCCGUGGAAAUGAGGGCCCAAAGGGAGCACCUGGAGCACCUGGGUUGCCUGGGGAUCCUGGCUUGAUGGGAGAAAGAGGGGAAGAUGGCCCUCCCGGGAAUGGCACAAUUGGAUUCCCAGGUGCCCCUGGGCAGCCAGGAGACAGAGGUGGACCAGGCAUUAAUGGAACAAAGGGCUAUGUUGGUCCUAAAGGUGAUGAAGGAGAAGCCGGAGAGCCUGGCAAUGACAAUCCAACGUCAGGUCCCAGGGGCAGCAAAGGUGCAAAGGGUCACAGGGGACCUGAAGGCCGUCCGGGACCACCAGGACCCGUCGGGCCUCCAGGACCAGAUGAAUGUGAAAUUUUGGACAUCAUCAUGAAGAUGUGCUCUUGCUGCGAGUGCACGUGUGGCCCUGUUGACCUCCUCUUCGUGUUGGACAGUUCAGAGAGUAUCGGUCUGCAGAACUUCCAGAUUGCCAAGGAUUUCAUCAUUAAGGUCAUUGAUCGGCUAAGCAAGGAUGAGCGUGUGAAGUUUGAACCUGGUGAGUCACGCGUGGGAGUCGUGCAGUACAGCCAUGACAACACACAGGAGCUUGUGGCCAUGGGGGAUGCCAACAUAGACAACAUUGGGGCACUCAAACAGGCAGUCAAGAACCUGAAAUGGAUAGCCGGUGGCACCUACACUGGAGAGGCUCUGCAGUUCACCAAGGAGAACUUGGUGCGGAGAUUCACGUCUGACAAGCGUGUUGCCAUUGUCAUCACAGACGGACGCUCUGACACUCUGCGGGACCCUACACCACUCUCUUCCCUGUGCGAUGUCACCCCGGUGGUUUCCCUUGGGAUAGGUGACAUUUUCCGGAAUCCCCCAAAUCCAGAUCACCUGAAUGACAUUGCUUGUUUAAGCAGACCCACCAGACCAGGACUGUCUAUUCAGAGGGACAACUAUGCUGAGCUCCUGGAUGACACCUUCUUGCAGAAUAUCACCUCAUACGUCUGCCAAGAGAAGAAAUGUCCAGACUACACCUGCCCAAUCACCUUUGCUGGGCCAGCAGACAUCACCCUCCUGGUGGAUAGCUCCACCAGCGUCGGGAGCAAGAACUUUGAGACCACCAAGAAGUUUGUGAAGCGGCUGGCAGAACGGUUCCUGGAGGCAGGCAAGCCCGCCGACGACUCUGUGCGCGUCUCAGUGGUCCAGUACAGUGGCAGGAACCAGCAGAAGGUAGAAGCACAGUUUCAGUACAACUACACAGUCAUUGCCAAAGCCAUUGACAAGAUGGAGUUCAUUAAUGAUGCCACAGAUGUCAAUGCUGCUCUGCGGUAUGUCAUGGGGCUGUACCAGAGGUCCUCCCGUGGAGGGGCGAAGAAGAGGGUGCUGGUGUUUUCUGAUGGCAACUCUCAGGGAAUCACCACGAGGGCCAUUGAGAGGGCUGUGCAGGAAGCUCAGCAGGCUGGCAUUGAAAUCUAUGUGUUGGCAGUGGGCAGCCAAGUCAAUGAGCCCAACAUCCGUGUCCUGGUCACGGGGAAGAGCGCGGACUAUGACGUGGUCUAUGGGGAGCGCCACCUCUUCCGUGUGCCCGACUAUACCUCUCUGCUGCGUGGUGUCUUCUACCAAACUGUCUCCAGGAAAAUAGCUGUUGACUGAGCAGCUAGGUGGGUUUCUACCAGAGCUGUGCCUGCUUCCAUCUUCCCUAAAAAUGAAAAACAA